GAGACAGCAACACCUGUAUCGGGCAGGCAGGCCCAGCUAUCGGUCGUUGCCGAGCGUGGCUUCACUCCGGAUUUGAACGUGUGACAGUUAACACAGUGGUGUGCUUUAUCGUGCUGCGGAGAGCGCAAGUUUCCGUGCGUGUGACUGUGUGAAAUGGGCGACAGCGGUGUACCGAAGCGAACCCGCCGGAAACCAUCCGGCAUACUGAAGCUGGACAGUGUGCGGCGUCGAGAGUCGUCCGGCAGUUCGCUGCUGCAGCUGGGCGAUGAGCUCUCACCACCUUCGUCCGUGUCGCCACAACUCUCGGUCACGUGGGCAUUCCCGCCCGUCGGCCAUUCGCCGAACGAUUUGCCCGAGGACGCGGACGCAGAUGCCAGUGAUUUGAGCACGGAGCAACCGCGCCCGGAAGUCAUUAGUGUUCCGCCGUCACACGAUGGCGCUAGUGGUACGCUGGUGCAUGCCGCCACUGCCGGAAACAAUCCACCGACGAAGGUGCCGCCACCGUACGCCGAACCGCCCGAACGUGCCAGGCGCACAGCUGUGAAGGUGCUCGCUACGACGACCGGGCCGACCGGAAGCGUUAUGAAAUCACCGGACGUCGCUGGGGGCACGUUCUUUGGCGGUGACUCGGGCUCCGGUGCUGUGCGUGGCGAAUCGGAGGACGAUGAGGACUAUUCCGCCAGUAUUAAUGCGAUCAUACAGCGGAAAGCAAGUGUUAAGAAAAAGCGCGGAGGAUACAAAGGAGCACACCAUCGACGAACGUCCAGCCCGGCCAGCCAGAUGAUGGGACUCGGCGGAUCGGAGCAGUUGGGUCCGGAUGGGCGCCGUCGCUCGAGCGUCUACACUACCAGCUCGGGCGAGACGGGCAUUACGCUGCCCGGGGACGACCAUUCGAUUGGGCGCGAUGAGUCGGCCGGUCGGCAGGACAAGCUGUUCGACACGAUUCGACUGCACAAGGAGGUGCUGCAGACGGUCAAACUGCAGCCGAUUAGCAUGAAGCGCAAGUUGCGCCUCGUACAGCAAGCGAAGAGCUACAUCACGCGCCACGAAGGGGCCCUGCAGGAACACUUUACCUCACGUACGGCACGUAGUCUGCUGGCACAGUUUAACAUUUUCCUCACGACGAAAUGGCAACAGCUACUGCGAGAGCUGGCCAAUUUGGCCACCUAUCUAAUACCGUGGGAAUCGCGCAUCAAGGAAAUUGAGUCCCACUUCGGAUCGGUCGUAGCGUCCUACUUCACCUUUCUCCGCUGGCUGUUCUCGGUGAACAUUGUUAUCUCGGUACUGCUCGUAGUGUUCAUCAUGGUGCCGGAGGAAAUUUACGUCGAUCCGGAGAAGGCUAAAUGCGACAUACGGAAGACAAUGUCCAAGCAGGAGCUUGCACUGACGCGUAACUUUAGCACGAUUUGGGAGUUUGAGGGUCAUCUCAAGUACUCGCCCUUGUUUUACGGUUACUAUUCCACCUUUUCGGGAGCGAUUGCGUGGGGUUACAAUCUUCCGUUGGCUUACUUCUUCACUGGAUUGGUAGUUUACAUCUACAGCUUUGUGGCGACGUUGAAAAAGAUGGCAGAAAACUCACGAAUGUCAAAGUUGUCCUCCAAAGACGAUGAGUACGUGUUUUCUUGGAAGCUGUUCACUGGGUGGGACUACAUGAUCGGCCAUAUGGAAACGGCACAGAAUCGGAUGGCUUCCAUCAUACUGGGCUUUAAGGAGGCGCUGCUCGAGGAAGCCGAGAAGAAAAAGGACACACGAAACUGGAAGAUCAUUCUGCUGAGAAUACUGGUGAACUUUCUCAUACUCGGUCUGCUAGUGAUCUCCGCGUACGAGGUCAUUCUGGUUGUGAAACGCUCGAUGGACAUCAAAGAGUCCGACUCCUGGUGGAGACGGAACGAAAUCACCGUCGUCAUGUCGCUCAUCUCGUUCUUUUUCCCGAUGAUCUUUGAAGCGCUCGGUAUCAUCGAGUACUAUCAUCCACGAAAGCAGCUGCGCAUACAGCUAGCCCGCAUCAUGGUGCUGAAUAUGCUGAACCUUUACUCGCUUAUCUUCGCUCUGUUCGACAAGAUUGCGCACAUGACGGGAGAGUUGCGACGGAUGAAGCCAACCAACUUUACAUCUUCGGCUUCUUCGUGCUUUUUACCCGAGGCGGGCGCUAGAUGGGACGUUUCUGGUGUCCCCGUUGAGAUGGUACAGUCCGAGCGAUCGAUGUUGUUGGACAUGGUGGCGGACUUUAAUCGGAGUGGAGUUGGACCAGCUACGGUGUUGGCUAAUGGGAGUAGCUGUUUUCGAGUUCCGUUCAACUGUUCGGAAGUGACCAGUACGGCAACACUGUUAACUACACUCUUGUUGACGAGUUUAUCCACGACAACAAACAUGCCGGAGCAAUUCAGCCCGACUACGGCACUGUCAACGAGUGAGUUCCCGUCAACCAGCUUCAAUCCGACCACCACACUGAGAGAAUAUCGGUCGCCUUACGAAGGGUACGAUUACGACGAGGAAGAUAUGGACUAUUAUUUGGAGUAUCGAGCCCGACUGCUUCCGAACGAUAAGCUGGAAGGUGUUCCUAUCAACAAACGUGAGGCUGUGUAUGAUUUCGAAGAGCACAACGAUACUGCCAUCUCGGUGAAUGAGACCAGCAGCAUGGAUAAUCUUACAACUGUUCAAAGUACAGCGGCACCUACCGUCAGUACGGAAGACUUCCAAACGAUGACGUACACGGAGCUGCACAGCUAUGUCACGGGAAGAUAUGACGACUUUUUAGCAAACUAUUACUACUAUUCGGAAGCAGACGAUGAGUCAGAGCAGACUGAAAGCGACGACGAUGAAGAAGAAGAAUAUCGUAUAAAUCAAUUUAUUACAUCAGAAGAAGUCAGUGCCUUUCAGACUCCCUCAACUACUGAAGGACAAAAGUUGGAGUCAACGACGGAACUCUUUCAAACUACAUUGUCUAGCGUGGAUGAGUCUACGGAGGGACAGUCCGGUAUAGAAUCUUCAUCGCACAAGCACGUUGAGAUAGAGCAGACAACAGAAUUUCAAGAGAGAGCAUACUCUACCAGCGAUGUAACAACACAGUUUUAUGGUGUUGAGGAAGAUAGCCUUCCAACCACAACAGAAGGAUCGACAGAUCGUAAGGAAUCGUUACAACCUGAGAGCAGCAGUGAGGGAGACUUUCUAUCAACUACUGAAUCUCCAAACACGUGUUAUCGUUGGGUAUGUGUUCCGGAAAACUUACACCCUCCCGAUGGGCAGGAAAGCAAGUAUCGAAACGCAGACAUCCGCUCACUUUGCUGGGAGACGAUGUUUGGACAAGAGUUGGCAAAGCUUACCGUUAUGGAUUUGCUGGUAACGAUUGUGUCGACAUUGAUAUUGGAUUUUCUAAGAGCACUCUUCGUGAGGUACAUGAACAGUUGCUGGUGCUGGGAUUUGGAGAAAAAGUUUCCCAAAUACGGUGAUUUCAAGAUAGCAGAAAAUAUCUUACAUCUCGUGAACAACCAGGGCAUGGUAUGGAUGGGCAUGUUUUUCUCACCUGGGCUAGCCGUGCUGAAUAUAGCGAAGCUGGUCAUCAUACUGUAUCUACGCUCAUGGACCGUUCUCACCUGCAACGUUCCCCACGAGGUGGUCUUUCGAGCAUCACGCUCCAACAACUUUUACUUCGCUCUGCUGCUAACCAUGCUGUUCCUUUGCGUACUUCCCGUGAGCUAUGCGAUCGUGUUUCUGGAACCAUCGUGGCACUGUGGCCCAUUCUCAAACUCGAACCGCAUCUAUCAUCUGCUCACGAACGCAACCGAGCAGAUCAUACCGGAGAUGAUUACCAAGUACAUCGUAUCGCCAGCUGCCGUAAUUCCGUUGCUCGUUCUGCUCAUUCUGAUUAUCUAUUAUCUGAUCUCGCUUACCGGAUCGUUGCGCGAAGCGAACCAAGAUCUCAAGCUACAGCUACGCAAGGAGCGUACUGAAGAGCGUAGGAAAAUGUUUAAAAUAGCCUCCAGCACUCAGCAACAGACACCGGGCACUGGAAUGGCCGGCAUUAAUGGGCUUUCAAGUUCAUGGCACAAAGUGCUGGAUUCUACGCAACUGCGUCUUCAGUCGACAACGGACAAUGCAACCGAUUCCGAGAAUUCCAGCUCCAAACGCAAGGAGCUGCUGCAGCGCAUGAUGAAGAAAGCUCUCCAGAAAGAAAACUCGCUCACUACCGAGCUGGAAUCUACUGCUGCUGCUGCUGCUGCUGCUGCUGGUGGAGGACUGCAAAGUUUAACCGCCGAGUCUCCGUUGCCCAUAUCGCCACCCGUUAUUGGUACGAUAAAUGAAAAGAAUCGAUCAUCGAUCCAAGUGAAACCAAAACCCAAGGACCCGAAGGAUGCCAGCGGCUCGGAUGUGUUUCGUUUCGAUCGAGGUGCCGUAGAGCAUAUGAACCGUCAAACGGAGGGAACAGUACCGACAGCAGUGCCCACAACAGCAGGCACUGAAGGUGAUGGUGGCCGGAAAAAGUUCGAACGGACUCGUCCAUCAACGGCGGAACGGUUCCGUAUGGCGGCACAGGCUGAGCGACGUCGAAUGCAGGGCAAGCUAGCACCGGCUGAGAAGAUGGCGGACAAAACGGCCGAUUGGAUCGAACAGAUUCCAGUGAUAACGAUCAGCAAAACGUCGAGCGAUGAGUGCAUCAUCGAUUCUGAUCUGGAGGAUCCGAACGAUCCUGCCGCAAAACCGACGGAACCAAGUCCGAAGGAGCUAACCGUCGAGCGUCGGCAGGAUCGUACGAUAUUAAAAGCAAAAUCGUCUAACGCAUGCUAAGGG